UCUUUAUCUGAAAGAAUGCCUUGGUGGUGGCGCUUUUGGCAGGGUGUAUCACGCACUGGACCUCAAGACAAUCGCUUGCCCAAAGCAUAUGUAUGCCGUCAAGUGCAUGCAAGCCGAUGGAAACUAUGAAUGCUCCAAUGGAAUUUGUUCUGCAGCACAAAGUCUCCCAACACUCCAAUAUCGUUGGUCUUCAAGACCUCUUCCGAUGAGGGCCGUAUCUAUUCGGGGUUAUGGAUUUCUGUCCUGAAGGCGACCUCUAACACUGCGAUCCGGAGAGACACAUUUUUCGAAGACAAUGAACAUAUCCGGUCAAUAUUUAUUCAAAUCCUGGUCGCACAUUGUCACGAUCUGGGCGUAUAUCAUUGGGAUCUCAAGCCAAAGAAUAUCUUUUGCUCUUCCAAUGGAUGGAAAGUGUUUCUAGCCGAUUUUGGUUUGUCUACGUGGGAUGCAAUGUCCAACAACUUCAUAUGUGGGACGCCUGCGUAUAUGAGCCCUGGUCAGCUAGUAUUCCUCGGGGAAAUUUCUAGGCAUUGGCACUUUUGUGCAGAGAUCAUCGACAAGUACGAUAUAUACGAACGGCACUCGAGCCGACACUGCGAUAUAUGGUCCCUAGGCUUCAUUUUUCCGGUUUGCCUCCUCUUGCUGUCACGAAUCUCGACCGAGCUUCAAACAUUGCCCAGGGUCAAGGCCACCCCCGUGAACGUUACUCGCUGGCAGAGUCGAGGUCCAUAUCUUGACGCAGGACACAUAGAAGGGAUAUUAACAACUCGGACGACACUCCAACACUCAUAAAAGUUGAGAACCAGCUGUAAUGAAGGAUCAUGUCUUCCACAACUAGGAACGAGCGGACAACACGUAUUGCAGCAGCAGCCAACAGGUUCUCUUUCCACCUUGGGUCCAUUGAGAAAACAGAAGUACGGAAAUACCUGCGUAACAUUAGUCCUGGGAAAUAAACGAGCGACACAGAGAAUACUGAUCGAUGCCGCACAGGAGGGACACAGACCACGACAUUCGCACAAGGAUAGGUCAGGCCUGAAAAAUAAACCCCAGAUUUCCAGGAUUGAUCUAUAUGCAUUUAUCUUCUUGAAUCCUCUGGACGAUAAGCAUUCCCCUUCUGGCUUCAACAUGUGGUCGGUUGGGUC